CAUCGAUAGUUGCGAACCUUCCCUGCUAAUGGCAAAAAAAGAAGAAGCGAGAAAAGAAUUUUAGAAGAAAGCAACUGCAAUUUUGUCAUAAUCGAGGUGCAAUUCGCAAUGAAUAAUGGAAAAUAGACAGUCCAGUGCCAGUGAUGUGAUAGUGCCAGAGCUCUACUUCCUCAUCUCCAAGUUCCUGGCUGCGGGGCCGCUGGAGGAGACGGCAAAGGUGUUAAUCCGCGAGCUCGAGGAGAAGAAGGUUCUGCCCCGUCGCAUUGAUUGGCUGGGGAAUGAGCAUGAACAGACCUUUGCCGAAUUGGAACAAAAAUACGCGCACAUUGGCGCCCAUCAUUUGCUGGAAAUAUGUGGCCGUCUCUGCCCGCUGGUGGAUCGGGAACUGCCGCCCAGCGUGCCGGGAAUCAUCUCGCUGUUGGGCCGUGGGCGACAGAACCUGCUCCGCACCAAGGAGACCGUUUACAGUCACCGCUCGCUAAGAGACUACUGCACUACAUUGCAUGGCGUCUCCCUGCCGGACUCGAGUCUAACCAAGUCCACCCACAACUUAAGCCGCGUCCUUGCUGGCCGGGAACAUGUCAGCAAUGUGCGGCGCAAGCUGCUCAUGCCCACGGACAUUUACCGCAAGACGAAGCUCCUCCGUCGCACAGUGGGCCACUUGUCUUCGGUAUACUGCGUGCUCUUUGACCGCACUGGACGCUACAUCAUCACAGGAGCCGAUGAUCUGCUCAUCAAGAUCUGGUCGGCGGCUGAUGGUCGCCUGCUGGCCACCUUGCGCGGCGCCUCCUCCGAGAUCACGGACAUUGCCAUUAACCUGGAUAAUACAAUGCUGGCCGCCGGUUCGCUGGAUCACAUUCUCAGGGUGUGGGAUAUGCAGACCACCUCACCGAUCGCCGUCCUGUCUGCCCACACGGGGAUGAUAACGUCGGUGAACUUUUGUCCCUCGCCUCGCAGCGAUUUGAAGUAUCUGGUGACGACCAGCACGGAUGGGUCCAUUGCCUUCUGGCAGUAUUCCACGCCACGUGGCCAGAAGAUUACGUUUGCUCCGAAGCCAACGCAGUACCACGAGAAGCUGCGCCCCGGUCAGGCUCAGAUGAUGUGCACGACUUUCUCGCCGGGCGGCAUAUUCCUGGCCGCCGGCUCUGCUGAUCACCAUGUGCGCGUCUACAUGAUGGGCGAGGACGGACCGAAACGCAUACUGGAGACGGAGGCGUACACUGAUGCUGUGGACUCGGUGCAGUGGUCGCAUCGCGGCCUGAGAUUCAUUUCGGGCAGCAAAGAUGGAACGGCUCACAUCUGGACCUUUGAGUCGCAACAGUGGAAGAGCGCCAAGCUGUGUAUGACGGAGCGCCUGCCCAGCUGUCCGGAGCCGGAGGAGGGCAAGAAACUGAAGGUUACCAUGGUGGCUUGGGAUGCAUCGGAUCGUUAUGUUAUCACCGCCGUCAAUGAUUUUACCAUUAAAAUCUGGGACUCGAAAUCAGCCAAGCUGCAUCGCGUCCUGCGCGGCCACAAGGACGAGCUGUAUGUGCUGGAGUCAAAUCCUAGGGAUGAGUAUGUCCUGCUCUCCGCCGGCCACGAUGGCCAGGUGUUUUUGUGGGACAUCGACCAAGGCGUUUGUGUGGCCAACUUCUUAAAUGACAUCGAUGGCCAGGGCCAUGGGUGUCUCUUUGAUGCCAAAUGGUCGCCAGAUGGCACAAUGAUAGCCGCCACUGACUCGCACGGUCAUAUACUGAUCUUUGGCCUGGGAAUGUGUAUUGAGAAAUACAAAAUGCUGCCCACCGAGUUGUUCUUUCACACGGAUUUCCGGCCCUUGUUGCGCGAUGCCCAACACCAUGUGGUUGACGAACAGACACAGAUAAUGCCACAUCUGAUGCCGCCGCCCUUCCUGGUCGAUGCCGAUGGCAAUCCGCAUCCCUCCAAGUACCAACGCUUCGUUCCGGGCAGGGAGAGCUGCAGCAUGGACCAAUUGAUUCCCAAUCUGAUGGUGGGAGUGGAUGGCGUUGUGAUCGAUGAUAAUGCCAAUGCUGGCGGCAUACCCGCUCCUGCUGCACCUGCUCCAGCAUCUCCAGGAAUUGGUGGCCCAGGAGCAGGUGGAGGAGGAGGAGCAGCUGGACUCAACUACUCCCACAUAGACCGCAUGAUUGCAGCCCUCGCCAAUCGCCAGUCGGGCAAUGCCAACGCCAACGAUGCUAAUGCGAGCAAUGUCAAUCAAUCUUUCGAGCGCCUGACCAACCGCCAACCACUUCCCGACUCCAAUGGCAUACAAUCUUCUCGAAGAAAUGUUCUGGGCAGCCGGAUGGGAACUUCACGACAGGGAUGGGGUGCGGCAGCUGCUCCAGCUGCUGCUCCUGCAGAGGAGGCUCAGCCACCGCCGGCAGAGCCAGUGGGACAGGCGCCAGCUCAGCAGGCGCUACCACUUAAGUUUGUUCGCCGCACAUACGUGCGUCCCAUGAAGUACGCCCAGCUGCAGAACCUGAAGCAGACCAUCUACGCCGCCGGCCAGUUCGAGAAGCAGGAGUACAAGCGAGAGAUGCGUCGUCGUCCCAUAAUGAUCAACACGGCCAGUGCGGCGUCAUCGCAACAAGCUGGUGUUUUGGGCAGGCCACGAAAUACUAGAGCCAAUGGAAGCGGUGGCGGAGGAGGAGGCGCGCGACCGGCCAGGAGGCGUGGAGCCCAGCCAGGAGCAGCACAACAACAACAACAGCCGGCGUAUCGUACGCGGGCUGUGAGAUCUCAAGAGCCGGAGCCAUACGAUGAAGUGCCGCCGCCCCACGAGGAAGAGGAAGACGACGUCUCCAGUAACUCGUCCGGUGACACUAGCUACUCAAAUGUAGAAGAAAACCUGGAGGACAGUAGCGACGAGUCGGACACGGACAGCUCCGACUACUCGGACUGGGUGGCGGACACCCCGGGUCCGAAUCUGGAGCCGCCCAAGCGAUCCAAGCGCAAGCCGCUAUCCCGCAGACCCCCUAGCAGCGACGACAGUAGCGAUGAUGAAGCGGCAGCCGGUCGAGCAACAGGUGGUGGCCAAGUGCAGGCCCGCAAGGUGGGCCGCAAGACAGUCUUGUUUCCGCCCACAGACGCGAAUGGCGAGAUACCGGAACUGUAUCGACCCGCCGAAUGGCUGUCUGAAGUGAUUCCCCGCAAGGCGCCCUAUUAUCCCCAAAUGGGUGACGAGGUGGUCUACUUCAGGCAGGGCCAUGCCAAGUACUUGGACGCCGUACGCACGAAGAAGGUGUACAAGCUGUCGCACAGCUCGGAGCCCUGGAACUUUCACACGCUAAGGGACCACGAGCUGGUCCGUGUCAUUGGCAUAAAGUAUGAGAUCCGGCCUCCACGACUGUGCUGCCUCAAGCUGGCCAUCAUCGACGAGGAGGGCAACAUGACGGGGACUUCGUUCAAGAUCAAAUACCAUGACAUGCCCGAUGUCUUGGACUUUCUGGUGCUGCGCCAGACCUUCGACUUGGCGGUGCAGCGCAACUGGAGCAUUGGGGAUCGCUUCCGCUGUAUGAUUGUCGAUGGGUGGUGGAUGGGCCAGAUCGAGUCGCGUCAUCCGCUCUCUGCGGACUUUCCCGAAUCCUUUUUCAUGUGCUUUCGCGUGCGCUGGGACAAUGGUGAAUACGAGUUUAUGAGUCCCUGGGACAUGGAGCCCAUUGACCAGGAACGCGUGCCGGAUGAGGUUGGAGGUGCUGUACCGGUGCUGCCGGAAGAGAUUCGCGCCACUCUGUACCAGCCCAAGUCGGAGGAGUGGCACCGUGGCGAUCGGGAUGGCACCUGUCGCCGCAUCAUCAAUGGCCUAGAGCAGGUCAUGCGUCUGUCCAUUGCUGAGCACUUUCUGGCCCCCGUUGACCUCAACAUCUAUCCGGACUACGCCUACCUGAUCGAGUAUCCCAUCGAUCUGACCACGGUCAAGUCUCGCUUUGAGAAUCACUUUUAUCGCCGCAUCACCUCAGCACAGUUCGAUGUGCGCUAUCUGGCCACCAAUGCGGAACAGUAUAACCGCCGGCAUACGAUUAUCGUGAAACAUUCCCGGAUUGUCACCGAUCUGUGCCUAAGGAUUAUCAGGGAAGCGGAUGAAAUUGAUGUGGCCGCCGUCUAUCACCAGCUGGUUGAUGUAUAUCACUCGUCCGAGUCGGAAAACGAAGCGGAUUCUGAUGUUGUCCCAUCGACCAGCACCGGUCCCACCACAUCGGCAGCGGCAGCAGCAGCCAGACAAAGAGUAUCCUCCACCCGACGAUCAACGCGUACACAUUCGGAGGGUGAUUGGCGUGCCGACUGCCGUCAAUUGCUGGAUCUGAUGUGGGCACGAACGGAUUCCAUGCCAUUUCGAGAGCCCGUGGACACCAUUGAGUUUCCCGACUACCUGGAGAUCAUUGCCACUCCCAUGGAUCUGCGCACUGUUAAGGAGGAUUUGCUGGGUGGGAACUAUGAUGAUCCGCUGGACUUUGCCAAGGAUGUGAGGCUUAUAUUCCAGAACUCGAAGAACUACAACACCAACAAGCGCUCGCGGGAUAAUCUAGCGAUCUAUGCCAUGACUUUGCGUCUCAGCGCCCUCUUUGAGUCCCACAUCAAGACUGUGGUCACUAGUUGGAAGGCAGCUUGCAGGCGCGCCAAUAAAACGAAGUCGGGCAGCAGCGGCGGUCGCGGUGGCUCAAGUAGCAGUCCCAACAAGCGGGCCAACAAGGAGCGAUCCACGCGUCGUAACCAGAAGCCUUCGGCAGCCGCUAGACGAUUGCCUAUAGCGCACACCAGCGACGAGGACGAGGAGGAUGAUGAUGACGACGAUGAUGAUGAAGACGAGGGGGCGGCUGCAGCAAGAGCCUCUCGAUCUCGCCGUCGCAACGGUGUGGCGGUCACUGCCAGCUCUUCUGGGUCCAAUCGCGUCACCUCUUCAUCCACCGCCCAACAGCGCCGGCACAAGAGCAGCAGUAGCGAGGAGGAGGAGGAGGAGGAUGAAUCCAGUGCACAGGCCACCUCAGAUGCCAGCAGCGAUGAGGAAGAGGAGGAGGAUGCCCACUCCAAUGCCAGUUCCCCAGAGCAAAUUCGUACCCGCAGAGGCAGGCAGAGGCAGCGUGUCAACGACGAUGAGUCUCUUGCCAAUGAUUCCGAGGAUAGUUAUAAUCCCAAUGAAGAACUCAGCAGUGGCCGGAGAUCGAGAGCCAAGCGUCCGUCGAGCAACCGGAACAGAAACGGCGGCCACUCCAGUAAACGUCGGCGAGUUAACAAGAGUCCAGCCAAUGUGGCGUCCACCAUAGCUGGGCCCUCUCGCCGGACGCGUCGCCUGCUGGGCAGUUCAGCUGAGGAGGCGGCUUCCCUUUCACAGAAUGACGAGAGCACCCAGGACAGCCAGACGGGACGUCGAAAAGGUAGAUCAGCCACGAACCGGUCCCAGCCCAUAGGCAAUGGUCCAAGCACCAGUGCGGCGGCUGCGGCUGCCAGUGGCACCGCCAGCCUGGAGAGCCCCUCGCGGAAAACUCGCACCAAUGGGAGUCGGACCACCUCCAGCCAUAAUGUUGCCGAAAAUGAUCACAGCUACCACCUGCCAGUGCGCAAUGGGCGCAUCAUCGAAUCGGACACGGAUUCCCACGGUCCUGUGAGCAGACCAACCCGCCAGAGCGCCAAGCGUGCACUUAUGGAUUGGGGACGUGGCAGCGACAUUGAAGAGGAGGAUAGCGAUGAUGCCGAGGAGAUCCUGCCCACGCCAACGAAGGAUGACGUACCGUCGACCAGCAGAGCUGCUUUAGCUCAGGCCGCCGCCGCGGGACCUGUCCGUCAAUUGCGUACGAACCGCAACACCAUCGUCCAACCGGCCCAAAGUGACGACGAUGACGACGACAGUGACAACGAACCCUUGGCCAACAAUCAGCAAAAAAAUUCACAAGCUCCCGCAAAAUCAAGUUCAACGGCGACGGCACCCCAUCCGCUUACCCUUCGCCGCCGUCUGGCUACGCCAUUGGAACGAAGCCCACACAUGACACGCUCGCAUGCCACCUCGACGACCACCACAGCGUCCUCCGUUGCGGGUUCUCAGGCACAGCGGCAGCCGACGGCAGUUGCCACUCAUGACCACAAUUACCUGGGCAACAUAAACUCCUCCCGGGCACCGCGACGCAUUCUGUCUCGCCAUCAGCGUAAUGCCGAUGAGCUGGAUACGAGCCUGGAUCCGCUGGAGAGCUCCCGCCUGCAUACAGCCAUAGUGAAUCAUCGGCGUCCCACCUCCACGACAACAAAUAGUACCAGUAACAGCAACAGCCAUGUGGUCACCAGACGUCUGCGAGGACGCGCCAGCCAGGCGAACUCUCAGGACGAAGACGAGGAGCAAGAGCAGGAAGAGGAUGAGGCAGCUGCCUCCGACGAGGGCACCGACGGUGGGUCCAGCACACAACUGAACGAGGACGAGGAAGAGGAGGAUGAUGAUGAUGACUAUGAAGAGGACUCCGACUCGGAAGACAAUCAGCCACUGACCAGCUACGUCUCGCCCAGCAAUGGGCGCACCCGGCCACGUGAAGCGAAGACUUCCUCCUCCUCGACAAAUACACAGGAGCGUUCGCUGAGGCGUACGCGUCGUCCGCCCUCCGAUCAAUCCUUUGUCAACGAUGAUGACGAUGAUGAUUAUGUUGUGCCACGCAGUCGACGCAAUGCAAAUCGUAGCGCCAAUCAGCGCGGCGGAGGACGUAAUCAAAAACGGCCACGCUACAACGAGGAAUCUGAGGAGGAAGAAGCAACAGCCAGAUUCUCUCAUCGCAGUAAAAGACUCCGCAACGGAGAUGCCCAUGCCAGCAGCCAGGAGCGAUCUCGAUCCGCUGACCAUGGACAGGCCGCGGAGGAUGAUGACGAUGAGGAAGAAGAAGGUGGCAGCUCAGGGGACAGCGAUGAUCAGCGUGUGAGCGUUAGCAGCCGGGGCAGGGUGCGAAAGAUUUCGGCAAAGGCGCGAGGCAUGUUCAAGGAGUGACCGCAGACUGUUUUUUGUAUAAAUUAAAUUUAAAAUGGCGAAUCAUUGUAAUAUUUGCGCUAGCAACGUCGCUUUCUUAUUAUUGAUUAAUGUGUAAGAGUAAACCACGUCGUCACCUGUCAUUGCCCCACGUCUCUUAGUCGCCGUCAUUGUCCAGUCCAUUGCCAGCACCCAAGAUGCUUCAACCCAGCCCAGGUCAAGAGUGUCCGUUCUCUUCUCCGACAUCCACAUCCCUCAAGCCUCAAUCGUUGUUCAAGUCUUGGGCUGAUCAUUGGACUCCACCCUACGUACUAUGUGUAGGAUGGGGUUUAUCUGUAUUUCUAUAAUAUAUAGGUACUAUCAUACAUAUAUAUUACAAAGGUAGCACUCGGAAUCACACUUCAUUUAAAAUAGUUUUAGAAUAAAGUAUCAUGAAAAACACUGUAA